AUGGAGGAUGUGAACAUCGAGGAGGUGCGAGCUGCUGCUGCGGUGGCCGUGGCAAGCACCCUUGUGGAUAAUGUCCAGCGCGAGCGAAGAGACAAUGUUGGGAAGGUCUUCAAGUACCCCCCGCCGCCGCCCUUCAUCCGGGCGGUGCUCCUCAUCCAGGAGAAAGCGCUGCCUUGGGAGCAGUCCGAGGGCUGCAACACUUUCGCCUCUCCCCAGAGUCCCGCCAAAGGCGACGACUUCGGCCUGACCAGCAAUGAUGAGUUCAUCUUCGCGGCAGCAAGCCAGGGCCUCGUGGACCGCUUCAUCUGGAUUUGGCCCGCCUGGGAUGCCCGCGGCAAGCGACACAAGAAAUACGGUGAUGUUCGCAUCGUUUGGUCCACACUUGGCCACACUGAUGACGACUUGCCCUGCAUCUGUGAGACAAAGUAUGCCGUGGAGGAGGCUGAGUUUUUUUCCGACCCGCUCGGCUGGCAGUUUUUCAGAUCACAUAGCGCUGGCGGCCAAAGUUCUACGCCGAAGUGCGAGACCUCCAGCGAGAAAGCACUUGAGCGCGAGGCGGAAUGCAUCAAGGAGCGGACCUUGAUGCAGGUAUUCAUCAACGAGCAGACCUUGAAGAAAAUAGAAGCCUGGUGGCCAUCCCUGCUUGCGCCGCCGCUGAUCCUGGAUAUCGACGAGGAUCACUUUGGCCAAAAAGCUUCUGCGAGUCUACUACACGAAAUGAAGCAGAGACUGCGGGACCCUCUGAGAGAUCUCUCUUGCCUGUUGAACGUCAGCGAAGCGCAUGUCAAUUACUGGAUGCGGCGGUAUGUCCUCGCAAGUCUGGCUCACCCGGGUAAAGAUGCACCGGAUCCCCCUGAGGAGCUUUUGAAGCUGUGCCCAUCGAGAAGCCUCGCCCAAGUGGGGGAGGGCUUGGCGGACCUACGUCCCCUAGAGCUCCAACUACUGCUACUUUAUGGCUUCUGCUUCACCACUUCGCCGCGCUCGGUCUCGGCCGAUGAGAACGAUCGAAGGUACCUUCGCGUUUGCGAUGCCGGUGCAGAAGUCGUGGCUGCAGAUACAGACAGGAGCGACGCUGAGGAGGCGCUUGCAGUUGAACCAGUGGCCAUGGCCCAUCGCUUAGACUUGUUCGCGACAAGCCUUCAUACCUUGCGGCCCUUCGUUGAGCCCGCAGAGCUCGUGACGAUUUGUCGUUCUGUGAGAGACGGUUACACACCCAAUCACGUGUGGUUCCAGAUCGAGUCCAACUUGCUUUCUCUUCUCGGUCCUAACGUGACGUUCGAUGAGAAUCUGGUUGGUGGCCCACAUGGUUGGGAAGCCUGGACGCAGGAUGCUCAGACCAUGCUGCAGCAGAUCCGGAGGAAAGAUCCUCCACAAAGCCUAGGCUGA